UAAACGAACAAAACCUACACAGGAAAAAAACCCCGAAAAAAUAUAAAAAUAAAUCCAUUUUUCUUAUUUUGAGUGCCAAAACGAACAAAAUUUAUAUGGACUUUUAAUAGUAGGACUCUACAACGUGCCCAUGGCUUGCAUUUGCAGGGAGGUGUCGUAUUUUAGGGUCAUUUCAUGUCGUUUUGAUUGAGGGCAGGACGUUGAGGAAGAGUUCGAAGCUUAAAAAAAGAAAAAACCCUGGACAGAGAUAAGGAGAAGAAACGAGAGUAUUAAAAAUAGCGGAAACGUUUUGCUGUGCCCUAUCUCUCAAUUGUUUGACUCAGUUUCCUCAUUCAGGUAUUACCAACACUCUUCUUUUUUUGCAUCGAUGGGAAGGGCCAGCCUGUAGAUAUUUAGGUAGGGAUGCAUGGAUGUAAUUCAGGACCUGCUCUCUUAGUAAUUGCUGAGAUUGGUUCCAUGGGACGGGUGGUUGAUGGUGGAGUUGGGAUUGAUGUCAAAACUUCUCCGUGCAGAGCAGCUAUUGAGAAAGCUCAAGCAGAGCUUAGGCAGGAGUAUGAUGUUCGAGAGGAAAGGAGAAGGGAGCUAGAGUUUCUUGAGAAAGGUGGCAAUCCCUUGGAUUUCAAAUUUGGCAAUGCAGCUUCAGUUAGUGUCCAGUCUAUUUCUUUCACUGAUCAACAAGCAGAACUUCUUACCUGUGAAGCAAAAGGUAGUUUCGCACCAACUAUUUCACCUCAUGGUGAUUCCAUAGAGAGUAGUGGUAGACCACGGGUUCCUGCAAUUUGUGAACCUAAUAGUGCUGAUAAUCUCUUGCUUUUUGAUGGUGAAAAUGAGUUACCUGGAUGUGAAAGGAAGUCUAUGCAUCCUUAUAAGAGGAAUAAUGUUGUUCCAUCAGAGAAAUCUUCUCAGAUAAAUGGGACUCGAAAUGCUAAGGAAUCAGAAGAUUCGGCUAUUUUUCGCCCAUAUGCUCGAAGGAACAGGUCCAAAAAAAAUCGAGAUGGAGUUCGAUCAUGUUCAACAGAUAUGGUUCAGGGUCAAGGUGGUCAUGGUUCUUUAUCUGCCCAUAUAGCAUCAAAGGACUUGAAGGCUUCAACAUGUGAAAAAAAUGACCAGAAGGACAAGAACAUACCUUACGCAGAUACUCCAAAAUCUGCUAUUUCGAACCUUGAUUUGGCUUCAAGGAUGAUAAGUCCUGAUAAUCUGUCGAAUAUGGAGUGUGGGCUGGCUGUGGAGGAAACUACUGACCAGUCAAAAUGUUAUCUAUCUGAAAGCAAGAUUGAUGUUACAGCUUCCAAAAGCUUCAUAGAUGACUUGCCUAAUGAACCUGCCCAAUUGGUGGCUAAUGGAUCUACAGUUAAAAUGGCUUCUGAGGAACCUGAUCUUGUUGGAAGGAAGGAGCAGGUAGUUCCAACUGGUCUUGAAUCUUCACCUGGUACUGGUGCAGCUGCAGCAAAUGCUGACAAUGAAACAAGUUCUAAUCAGCUAAAUGAGUUUAUUGAUCCAAAUAGAGAUAUGAAAAACAUACCAAAUGAAGGAAAAAAUUACGAUGCAGCUAUAGAGACAAAGGGAUUAGAUUCAGAGUCCUCUUGCACUCAGAACAGCUUAAACACUUACGUAAAUAAUGAUAAUGAUGUGUGUAUUAAUCCAGAAAACAUUGACUCUAAUGGAAAGCCCGUGGAACAAACAUCAAGAAAAGAGGAGUCACUAAACUCAUCUAUUGGUGAAUUGGCAAAAGAAACCAAUGAGAUCAAGGCUGUUGAUAAUGCAGCUGUUGUUCCUGGUACUAUUACUUCUGUGAGUCAAAAGCACACUCUUAGUUUUUCUAUUGUCAAAGUAGUGGAAGAAAUUAGAUCUGAAUUGCAAAAUGAGCUGACUUGCCCUUCCAACAAUGAGGUGCAACGAAGCAGUCAUGCUGUAUCAGAAGCUGAUAGGAAAAUUAGUACUGUUCCUGCUGAUAAUUCUAAUUCCAACAAGGAAACUUUUCCUUCUAGUAAGCCUCUGGGCUCAAUGGAUAAUGCUAUUUGUGAGGUUCCUGAGGUGACUUUGUCUGAAAGAACCUCAACUCCUAUUGCUGAAACUCAAUCUUUUUUGGAUAAUCAUGUGAAAGUGGUGGACAAGGCACAUGAAGAUUCCAUCUUGGAAGAGGCACAGAUUAUACAGGCUAAGCAGAAAAGGAUUGCAGAGCUAUCUGUUGGUACUUCACCCUGGAAGAAUCACCAAAAAUCUCACUGGGACUUUGUCCUUGAAGAAAUGGCAUGGAUGGCAAAUGAUUUUGCUCAGGAGCGUCUUUGGAAGAUGAUGGCUGCUGCUCAAAUAUCUCGACAUGUUGCUUUUACUUCGCGAUUGAAAUUUGAAGAACAACACCAAUAUUCGAAACUCAAAAAAGUAGCAUUAAGCCUUGCUAAUGCCGUCAUGGACUUUUGGCAUUCAGCAGAGGUGCUUCUAAAUAGGAAAGAUGCAAGUCUUGGCCCAAAGAAAAGUGGCCAUGAUUUAGUGCACUUACCAGCCAAUGAAGUUCCUAAGAACAUGACUGCAAAACUUGAUAUGGAUAUGAAUGAGGACCAGCAGCACUUUGGAAAGAACAGUAAACUUGCUAUUCAGGCAUAUGCUCUUAGAUUUUUGAAAUAUAGCAGCUCCUCUGUUUCUUCACCUCAAGCUGAAGCUCCAGCAACUCCUGACAGGAUAUCUGACUCGGGCAUUAUAGACAUUUCUUGGGAUGAAAACCUAACUGAAGAAAGCCUCUUCUAUGCAGUUCCUUUAGGUGCCAUGGAAACCUACCGAAGAUCUAUUGAAUCUUAUUUGAUACAGACUGAGAAAACUGGCAGUAGUAAGCAAGAGGAGGUUGAAAUAUCUGUUUAUGAUGCUGGGGCUGAGUUUGGAUAUGACGACUUUGUGUGUGAUGAGGAAGAAGGAGAAACAAGUACUUACUAUUUGCCUGGAGCCUUUGAAGAUAGCAAAUCAUCGAAAUUAAACCAGAAAAAGUGGAAGAAAAUAAAAUCAUAUCUUGCAAGACCUUAUGAAAUGGGUGCUGAUUUUCCACAUAGACACUGUGCCCAACAGUCCAUGUUGAUAAGGAAAAGGCCUGCUAGCAGUCUAAAUGUCAAUCCAAUUCCAAUGAAACGUGUGCGUACUGGUUCCAGGCAGAGGGUUUUAAGUCCAUUUAGCAGUGCACCUGCUGCUGGGGGUUUACAAGGUCCGACAAAAACAGAUGCUUCUAGUGGGGAUACUAAUUCUUUUCAGGAUGAUCAGAAUACUUUGAAUGAAGGAUUCCAGAUCCAGAAAAGCAUGGAGGUUGAAUCAAUUAUGGACCUUGAAAGGCAGCUUCCAUACGACCAUGUGGAAACACCGGUAAAACCUACAAAGAAGAAAAAGGCCAAGAAUCUUGGUUCUGCAUACAAUCAGAGUUGGCAACUGGAAUCUACUGUUCACAAUGAGAAGAGGGAUUAUUCCAAAAAGAGACUAGAGAGUCAUCAUUUCGAUUCUAAUGGGACCAGUGAUUUAUAUGGGCAACAUAAUGCCAAGAAGCUGAAGAUAAUGAAGCAACAACCUGAUAAUGCUUUUGACUUCCCUCCUAGUGGAACCAUUCCUUUUCCAGCAGGGUCCCAAAAGACUAAUCUGUCAAACCCCAGCAAAAUCAUUAGAUUAAUUCAUGGUUGUGACAAGGGUAGAAAAGCCAAAACUCACAAGAUGUCUGUUGAUCUGCCUGGUUCUGGUGGUUCAUGGUCACUAUUUGAAGAUCAGGCACUUGUUGUCCUUGUACAUGACAUGGGUCCAAAUUGGGAGCUUGUAAGUGAUGCCAUCAACAGUACCCUUCAAUUUAAGUGCAUAUUCCGCAAGCCUAAAGAAUGUAAGGAACGCCACAAGAUUUUAAUGGAUAGGAAUGGAGAUGGAGCUGACAGUGCUGAUGAUUCUGGUUCUCUGUCAUAUACAUUGCCUGGCAUUCCAAAGGGAAGUGCCAGACAGUUGUUUCAACAUUUGCAAGGACCGAUGGAAGAGGAUAUUCUUAAGUCGCAUUUUGAAAAAAUUAUGCUUAUUGGCAAGAAACAACAGUACCGGCGGAGUCAGGAUCCAAAGCAGAUAGUGCCAGUCCACAAUUCUCAUGUUAUUGCUCUUUCAAAAAUCUGCCCGAAUAAACUAAAUGGAGGAGUUCUAAUGCCUCUCGAACUUUGUGAUGUCAUUGCAUCAAGCCAAGAUGUCGUACCUGUUGGAUAUCAAGCUUCUCAUGCUGGUGGUUUAGCAAUAUCAAAUCAAGGAGUUGUGGGAUCAAUGCCUCCUGCCUCUGGAGCAAAUUCAUCACUGCAGGGAUCUUCUGGAGUGGUUCAUGGCAGUAAUAUAUCAUCAGCGUCUGCCCCACUUAAUGGAUCCAUGAGGAAUAUGCAGCAGUCCAACUUAUCUCUACCUGGAGCUGUUUCCGGAUCAGAUCGUGGGGUUCGCAUGGUACCCAAUAGAAAUGGUGUGGGCAUGACUUGUGGGAUAAGUAGAAGCAUGUCUAUGUCAAGGCCAGGCUUACGAGGAAUGGCAUCAUCAACAAUGCUGAAUUCCAGCUGCAUGCUCUCCAAUUUGGUGGGAAUGCCAAGCCCUGUAAAUAUGCACUCUGGACCUGGUUCUGGUCAUGGAAACUCGAUGUUGAGGCCUCAUGACACCAUGCAUAUGAUGCGAGAACAAGGGAACAGCCAGGGAAUUCCUGCGUUCAAUGGGUUGAGUUCUGCUUACACUAAUCAAUCAACUGCACCACCUGUUUUUUCAUAUCCAGUUCAACCCCAGCAGCAGCAGCAAAUGCCUCCACAGCAAUCCCAUGCACUGAACAACUCUCAUCAUGCUCAUCAUCAGGGUAACAAUCAUAUUUCUGGGUCACAGCAACAAGCAUAUGCCAUGUGCCUCACUAAAGAAAGGCAAGUGCAGCAGCAGCAGCAGCUUAUGCAUCAGCAGCAGCCACAGCAACAGUUUGCUGUAUCUAGUGCAUUGAUGCCAAAUGUCCAACCUCAGACCCAACUUCCCAUAUCUUCUCUGCAGAAUGGUUCCCAGAUUCAAUCUCAGGCUUCUACUCAGCCAGGUUCGCUAUCCCCUCUAACACCGUCUUCACCAACGACUCCUAUGUCAUUGCAGCAACAACAUAAACACCAAUUGGCACCUCAUGGGCUUGGUAGGAACCCCCAACCUGGUGCUACUGGGUUGAACAAACAGAUAGGCAAGCAACGGCAGCGGCAGCCCCAGCAGCAGCAGCAAUUUCAACAAUCUGGCAGGCACCACCCUCAGCAACGUCAACAAACACAGUCUCAACAGCAAGCCAAACUUUCGAAGGGAGUGGGAAGAGGGAACAUGCUGGUGCAUCAGAAUCCUUCUGUUGAUCCUGCUCAUCUUAAUAGCCUUGGCGUGGUCCCUGGCAACCAAGCUGCCAAGAACAGAGAGCAGAUGAUGCACUUGAUUCAAGGUAAAGGCUUGUGUUCUAGGUCUGGUUUGAGUCCUGUCCAACAAUCUAAAGCUCUCGUUUCUUCCCAAUCUUCAAAUUGUUCUGAGCCACAGCAAAAGAUAUUUUCUGGGGCUGCAGCCCCUUCUACAAAGAAACUGCAACAAGUGGCUCCCCAUUCUGAUAAUAUUUCUCAAAUGGUGCCUUCUGAUCAUAUGCCAUCAGCUGUGCAUCAAUCUGUCCUGCCAGCGGCCAUGGGUCCAAACCACCAGCAUUCACUGCUGCAAUCACAGACACACCAAAAGCAGGUUAAUCUAAACAGACCUGCUGUUCAUAGGAUGCUUCAACGGAGUCAACAAGUAAAUUUUGAGCCUCCCAACAAAUCUCAAGUUGAGCUAGCCCAUGCUGAUAAACAGACCUUGAACAGUGCUCCACAGAUGGGUACGACCACAACCAUGGAAAUGCCCCAGGCUGCCAUUGAUUCAGCUAACAAUGCAGUCUCAGUUGUUUCUCCUGCUGGACUUCAGUGGAAAUCACCAGAACCAGAGUAUGGUCCUGCUAUGCCAACUGUGGCCACUGAAGUUGGAUCCAUAGGGAGCCCUCUUACAGAUUCAAUGGGUAAUGAUCCUGUACCUUCUGUCAGCCAAGGGUUAGGGCAGAGACAAUUAUCGGGUUGCUUACCCCCUGACAAGAAUAAUGUUGGGGCACAGUGGACGCAACAGCCACAGACACAACGAUCUCAUAUACCACCACCUACUCAACAACACUUCCAAUCACAAGAGCAGUCACAACAAGAUUAGCGUAAUUCUUCCCAACAGCUGCCAUCGCAGCGGUAGUCACUAAUAACAACAGCAAGCCUGAUUCUGCAAGCAGUGCAGGGCAGCCUGUAUCACAAGCCUUUUAAUUUUAAGAUGGAAUGAAGCAAUCUAGUGAUGAUGCAGUUCCAACGGCAGUGGGUCUUGCUAUGAUUGGUAUGGAAGCUCUUGUAACCCCUGUGUACAGAUGAUGUUGGUUAUUCCAUCCAUUUGGGCGUAGCAGUGUCUGAAACCGGAGGUUGCUAUUUGCAGCAGGUUAGAAAUUCACAGGAAAAGAAUGGACCUUUUUGGUUUGUUCCUAGUUUUGUUUUAUUUAAAUUUUUGGAGGGUGGGGGGGGGGGGGGGUUGGGAUUGUGUAUAUUACAGCUGGUCUAGAACAGAGAGUUAGGAAGAUGGAGACAGAUAGAUAGAUGUAGGGGCAUUUGUAGAUAGGUCUUAUCUCCCAUUUCUUUCUUCCCCUGUCUUUUCCAUGGUCUGUCUGCUGAUGUGGCUAGGGGGGCUAUUUCUUUUUAUGGUUUUUGUUGGCAGUAGAUAAAAAAGUGCAUGUAUUCUAUAGGGCUUACAGAUGAAACCAGAUAGCAAUGAUUCUUAUGGGCAAAAAAGGCUUAGGAAAUUUAAUUUUGUGAAUAUUAUUAGAAUGAGACUGCACUGCCAAUGUCCAGGUUAGAGAGCACGCAAUGAAUUCAUUGUAGUAAUUAUAUUUUUACGGUCCUCAGAUUUUUCAUAAAUUCAAACUGAUCCCUUUCCAUUU